AUGAGAGACGGCCGGCGCUGGAGCUGCGGCGGCACUAGGAGCCCCAGGAGGAGAGGGGCGGCGGCGGCGGCGGCGGCGGUGGGGGAGAGGCUCGCUUUGCCCGGGCUCGGCUACGGCUGCAAGAGCGGCGGCGGCAAGGAAAGUGGCCGCAUCAAGCACGACGGCGAGGGCCGUCCGCCCCCCCAAGUCGCCAGCGCGGACAGCAGCGGCGUGUGGCGCGCCCUGGCCGCGCGCGCCCCGCUCCCCACGCACCGGCACCGCAGAAAAAGCUGCUUAGACAAUCUAAUGGAUGAGGAUGAAAAAGACAGGGCGAAGAGGGCUUCACGUAACAAGUCUGAAAAGAAGAGGCGCGACCAGUUCAAUAUUCUCAUCAAGGAACUCAGCUCGAUGCUUCCAGGAAGUACCCGUAAAAUGGACAAAACAACUGUUCUUGAAAAGGUCAUCGUCUUUCUCCAGAAACAAAAUGAAUUCUCAUCACAGGCAGAGAUCUGUGAAGCUCGGCAGGAGUGGAAGCCUUCCUUUCUCAGUAAUGAAGAAUUCACCCAGCUGAUGUUAGAGGCAUUAGAUGGGUUUGUUAUUGGUGUUACCAUAGAUGGAAUCAUCAUGUAUGUUUCUGAUAGCAUCACAUCACUUCUUGGACAUCUGCCUUCUGAUAUAGUGGAUAAGAAUUUAUUAAAUUUCCUUCCAGAACAAGAGCAUUCAGACAUUUGUAAAAUGUUAUCUUCUCAUAUGCUUGUGGUGGAUUCUGCCUCAUCAAAUUACUUAAAAUCUGACAAUGAUUUAGAAUUUCACUGUCAUUUUCUAAGAGGAAGUCUGAACCCAAAGGAAUUUCCAACGUACGAAUACAUUAAAUGUGUAGGGAACUUUCAGUCUUACACUCAUGUGCCUAUAUCCACUUGUAAUGGCUUUGACGGUACCGUUCCAAGAGGUUACAGAACACCAGUAGGAAAACAAGUCUGCUUUGUUGCUACUGUCCGGCUGGCAACGCCUCAGUUUUUAAAGGAAAUGUGUGUAGCUGAAGAACCUUUAGAAGAAUUUACUUCGAGACACAGUUUGGAGUGGAAAUUUUUAUUUCUGGAUCAUAGAGCACCACCAAUCAUAGGAUAUUUGCCUUUUGAAGUGCUGGGUACUUCUGGUUAUGAUUACUAUCAUGUAGAUGACCUACAGCUGUUGGUUCGGUGCCAUGAACACUUGAUGCAGUUUGGCAAAGGGAAGUCUUGCUGCUAUCGGUUUCUGACCAAAGGACAGCAGUGGAUCUGGCUGCAGACACAUUACUACAUUACCUACCACCAGUGGAACUCCAAACCAGAAUUCAUUGUAUGCACACACACCGUAGUAAGUUAUUCAGAUGUUCGAGUGGAAAGGAGACAAGAUUUAAUCUUGAAAGAUGGUUCUUCGGAGAUCAUCUCUUCUGUAUUGAAGGACAGUGAUUCAGACUUGGAUCCCCAACAGCACUUUAAUGCACUUGAAUUAGGUGUCCCAGUUCUCAACACCAGUCGGACACUUUCUGCAUCAUCUCAAGGUUCACACAAAUCUUUGACAACAUCCUUAUCUGACACAGCGUCCACAACUACAAAGCUCCUCACAGAGGCUUCCUCCAGCGUACCCCAGGAUUUAGUGCAGAGACCCAGCCAACCUGCAACUGUUCAGCUCGCAUCCCAGUUUAAUAUGUUCCAAACCAUCAAGGACCAGCUUGAGCAACGGACUCGUCUACUGCAAGCCAAUAUUCAAUGGCAGCAGGAAGAGCUGCAGAAAAUCCAACAACAACUCUGCCUGGUACAGGACUCCAACAUACAGAUGUUUUUACAGCAGUCUGCAGCAUCUCUGAAUUUCGCCAGUCUACAACAGCCAGAUCCUCAGGGGAAGUCGGAAGGGGUUUCUCAGCAGCAGCCGCAGCCGCAGCAAGUUAUUCCAAUACCUCAUCUUCAAGGACAGGUGGCGGGUUCUCAAGCAGCAGACCAUGAAAUAUUAAGAGAAGAAAAUAUCCUACCAAGCCAGGAUCAGAAAUCAGUGCAAACUACUCCAGGCAUGCAAGAGAGCUGCCAUUCUUCUAGCAGUAUCCCUCCACAAUUCAACAACUCUUCUGUGCUCUCACAAUCUGUGAGUCUAGCACCACCUGCUGACCUUCUUCAUGAUAGCAGCCACCGGUUUAGUACUCCAGACUAUGGCCACGACCGACAACUGAGACUUUUACUCAGUCAGCCUAUUCAGCCAAUGAUGCCUGGUCCCUGUCAUGCAAGGCAGUCAUCAGACAUUGGUGUGGCUUCACAUCAAACUAAGUAUUCUCAAAGCCUACAAGCAUUCCAAAGUUUGGAAGUGCCAGCUUCUGGCAGCAGUGCACCCAUAGUGCUGAUGGAACAUGCAGUAUUACAUCCCGGGUUCUCUGCAGCGCAGCCCUCUCAGGCUUCACUUCUGCCACCUAUGCAACAAGAACAUCAACCGCAUCAACAGCAAUGCUACCUUCAGGUGCAGCCUGUAGGCCCUUUGCACAGCGAGCAAGCAGAGUCUCUGAUCUUGCCUUCCUACUCACCGCAGCAAGGGAGUGUCGUGUAUCAUCAGAUGCAGUCGCAGCAGCAGUCUGCAGUCAGGAGGACCGUCAGUUUGCCGGAGUCUUCAAGUGUGCCACAACGUCUACAAUAGAAUCACAUCAGCACUAUCAGUGCACAGUUAGCUUUAUUGAAUGGCAGCAGGGGUGGGGGGGAGGGGGAAUGCUGGCUUUUGCACAUGUGUCCUUUUCAAAGCUUUGUGAUAAAAAGACUGUCGAGUCCAGACUGUGGUGGAUAGUGCAAUAGAAAUGAGUGGGAAUCACUUUGCAGAUGUUUGCACUAUUUUGUGACUGUGUUAUGAACAGUAAUACUAGACUGUACAAUCACAUGCAAACUGUGGCACUAACUGGUGUGUCUCAGUUGAAGAUUCUUCUAAAUAUU